GGAAUUUAACUAUUAUGUGAGUAGAUUAGGAACCGAUGUAUUGGAAACUUUUUGUUAUGAAUUUUUGUUUAGUUUCGACCCACUGAAUUCUCUCGGAAUAAUUAUAUUCUCAUUAACAGGAAUAACCGGCACUUGGGUUUUUAUUUUGGAUAGCAAUUAAAGGUAAACCAUGACUGAUGCAAAGUAUUUCACAACCACCAAAAAAGGUGAAAUAUUUGAACUUAAAAGUGAGCUUAAUAGUGAUAAGAAAGAGAAGAAAAGAGAGGCUGUGAAGAAAGUUAUUGCAUCUAUGACUGUCGGGAAGGAUGUCAGUGCUCUCUUUCCUGAUGUUGUUAACUGCAUGCAAACUGAUAACUUAGAACUGAAGAAGCUGGUUUAUUUAUACCUUAUGAACUAUGCAAAGAGUCAGCCAGAUAUGGCUAUUAUGGCUGUAAACACUUUUGUUAAGGAUUGUGAAGAUGCCAACCCGUUGAUUCGUGCUUUGGCUGUUCGCACCAUGGGAUGUAUUCGUGUGGACAAGAUAACUGAGUAUCUUUGUGAACCUCUCCGAAAGUGUUUGAAAGAUGAAGAUCCGUAUGUCAGGAAAACUGCUGCAGUGUCUGUGGCUAAACUCCAUGACAUCAAUGCCCAACUGGUUGAAGAUCAAGGAUUUUUAGACCAGCUGAGAGAUCUUUUGUCAGAUUCGAACCCAAUGGUCGUAGCAAAUGCAGUGGCUGCUUUAUCUGAAAUCAAUGAAGCCUCUACCAGUGGUCAGCCUUUGAUUGACAUGAAUGCCCAGACCAUCAAUAAACUGCUGACAGCUCUCAAUGAAUGCACGGAAUGGGGCCAAGUGUUCAUUUUGGAUUCUCUUGCAAACUGUUUGCCUAAAGAUGAAAGAGAAGCUCAAAGCAUUGCGGAAAGGGUUACGCCACGAUUAGCUCAUGCAAAUGCUGCUGUCGUCUUGUCUGCUGUUAAGGUUCUUAUGAAAUUGAUGGAGAUGAUGAGUCCUGAUUCAGAAUUUGUUACUACACUGACUAAAAAAUUAGCACCACCAUUGGUUACACUUUUGUCGAGUGAACCUGAGGUUCAAUAUGUUGCCCUUCGAAAUAUAAAUCUUAUUGUACAAAAAAGGCCAGAUAUUUUAAAGCAUGAAAUGAAAGUCUUCUUUGUGAAAUACAAUGAUCCUAUUUAUGUGAAAUUGGAGAAAUUAGAUAUUAUGAUUAGAUUAGCAUCUCAAGCUAACAUAGCCCAAGUUUUAGCUGAACUUAAAGAGUAUGCUACUGAAGUUGAUGUAGAUUUUGUGCGUAAAGCAGUACGAGCUAUUGGGCGAUGUGCCAUAAAAGUGGAGCCUUCGGCUGAAAGAUGCGUCAGCACUUUGCUAGAUCUCAUACAGACUAAAGUUAACUAUGUUGUGCAAGAAGCUAUUGUUGUAAUUAAGGAUAUCUUUAGAAAAUACCCUAACAAAUAUGAGAGUAUAAUUUCAACCUUGUGUGAAAAUUUGGAUACUUUAGAUGAACCUGAAGCAAGGGCAUCCAUGAUCUGGAUUAUUGGAGAAUAUGCUGAGCGAAUCGACAAUGCUGAUGAACUUCUUGAAAGUUUCUUGGAAGGAUUUCAUGAUGAAAAUACCCAGGUUCAGCUUCAGCUGCUUACUGCUAUUGUCAAACUUUUCUUGAAGAGACCUACUGAAACCCAAGAAUUAGUGCAACAGGUGUUAAGUUUAGCUACUCAAGAUAGUGAUAAUCCCGAUUUGCGUGAUCGUGGCUUUAUCUAUUGGAGAUUAUUGUCUACUGAUCCUGCUGCUGCUAAAGAGGUUGUUUUGGCAGAAAAACCAUUGAUAUCAGAAGAGACAGAUCUUUUAGAACCUUCUUUGUUAGAUGAACUUAUUUGUCACAUCAGUAGUUUAGCAUCAGUCUAUCAUAAACCCCCAUCUGCAUUUGUUGAAGGAAGACUGGGUAUUAGAAAAUCAUUACCACCAAGACAAAAUUCGUUGGGUUCAACUGAAGAGACUAUCACAGGAAGCCCAGUUUCUACUGCUGUUCUUACUGAGCAGCCUGCUGUUAUUCCAGCUGGAGAAAGUUUAAUUGGAGACCUGCUUAGUAUUGACUUGAAUGCACCACCUGUUCCUCCUGCAGUGCCAGCUGCCCCAGCUGCUCCUUCAGCAAUUGAUCUGCUUGGUGGAGGACUUGAUAGUUUGCUUGGAGAUAUUUCAGCACCUGCAGAUACCACACCUCAACCUAAUGCUACUGCAGCUGGCCUUUUAGGAGAUAUAUUUAGUGUAGGAUCAGCACCUACGUUCUAUAUUCCACCUAAACAGAUAUGGCUUCCAGCUGCCAGAGGGAAAGGCCUAGAGAUUGCAGGGACAUUUUCCAGAAAAAGUGGCCAAAUAUUUAUGGAAAUGACAUUUUACAACAAAGCUAUGCAGGCAAUGGCAGGUUUUGCCAUACAGUUUAACAAAAACAGCUUUGGCCUCGCACCUGCCCAGCCACUGCAGGUUCCUGCUCCUCUGCUUCCCAACACAAGUGCUGAAGUCAGUCUUCCUCUUAACACAAUGGGUGUAGUGCAAAAGAUGGAUCCUCUCACAAAUCUCCAAGUAGCUGUAAAAAACAAUAUUGAUGUGCUGUAUUUUAGUGCAAUGGUUCCAUUGCAUGUUCUUUGUGCAGAGGAUGGCAUGAUGGACAAACGUAUAUUUCUUGCCACAUGGAAAGAUAUACCAGCACAAAAUGAAGUGCAGUACACAAUUGACAAUAUUGUGUUAAGUACAGACCAAGUAUCACAGAAACUUCAAAACAGUAACAUAUUUACCAUAGCCAAAAGGAAUGUAGAUGGUCAAGAUAUGUUAUAUCAAUCUCUAAAAUUAACAAAUGGUAUAUGGGUGCUUGCUGAAAUGAAAAUUCAACCUGGUGUAACUUCUUUCACUCUUUCUUUGAAAUCUCGUGCAAUGGAUGUUGCUGCUGCCGUUCAUCAAGCAUAUGAAUCUAUUUUACGUAGUUAAGUGUUGCCCAAAAAAGACUUUACAAACUGAGAUUUAUGUUAUAUUUAUCCUAUAGUACUAAAGUAUUUGUGGUUGCAGUUAUUUGUUUUUAUGCUGAGUGUAACAUUCCACAUUAAAUAUGUAUGUUUAGAAA